AACUUUGCACCUGUAAAUGUCACUGCACACGGUGUUUCUGCACUGGGUGUUGUUUUUUGUUUGUUUGUUUUUGUUUUGUUUUUUUUCCUUUCCUUUUUAAGGUCCUCUUACAACUAAUUGCCUCGGACCAUUCAAGCGCAGGAAAGAGAACAUUCAGGGUAAUAAGGUGCAUUAAGUUUAAAAGGAGUUGCCGCUGCCUGCCGCCUUUGAAUGCACUUGAAGUGUUAUUUGGAAAGCGGCAGAAAGCUGGGGAGUGCGCGAUUCCACCCUUGGAAUGGGAGAAUCCGACUCUCCUGGGCUGGGAGCCGGCUGGGGCGAGGCGUGAGAGGCUGCGUGGCCGAAAGGGACGGCGGAGAGGGGCUCGCCUGGAGUAUGGAGAGGAAAGGAGCCGGGAUUUCCCAGGGCUCGGCGCGCACUGAGACUCUUCGGCGCCCGGGGCUGCGGCUGCGGAGGAGGAAGGUGCUGCCUGGCUCAUGAAGGCCACCUGGUUCCGGCUGCUGAAAAGAGCCAAGGGGGGAAGGCUGAAGAAUUCCGAGAUCUGUGGUUCGGCCGACUCCUACACCAGCCGUCCGUCUGAUUCCGAUGUGUCUCUGGAGGAAGACCGCGAGGCAGUGCGCAGGGAGGCUGAACGGCAGGCCCAGGCCCAGCUGGAAAAAGCAAAGACAAAACCCGUUGCCUUUGCAGUUCGGACAAAUGUCAGCUAUAGUGCAGCCCACGAAGAUGACGUUCCGGUGCCAGGCAUGGCCAUCUCAUUCGAAGCAAAAGAUUUUCUGCACGUUAAGGAAAAAUUUAAUAAUGACUGGUGGAUAGGCCGACUGGUUAAAGAAGGCUGUGAAAUCGGAUUCAUUCCAAGCCCAGUCAAACUAGAAAACAUGAGGCUACAGCAUGAACAGAGGGCCAAGCAAGGGAAAUUCUACUCCAGUAAAUCAGGAGGAAAUUCAUCAUCCAGUUUGGGUGACAUAGUCCCUAGCUCCAGAAAAUCCACGCCUCCAUCAUCUGCUAUAGACAUAGAUGCUACUGGCUUAGAUGCAGAAGAAAAUGAUAUUCCAGCAAACCACCGCUCCCCUAAACCCACUGCAAACAGUGUAACGUCACCCCACUCCAAAGAGAAAAGAAUGCCCUUCUUUAAGAAGACAGAGCACACCCCUCCUUAUGAUGUGGUACCUUCCAUGCGGCCUGUGGUCCUCGUGGGCCCCUCGCUGAAGGGGUACGAGGUCACAGAUAUGAUGCAAAAAGCAUUGUUCGAUUUUUUAAAACACAGAUUUGAAGGACGGAUAUCCAUCACGAGGGUCACCGCAGACAUCUCCCUUGCCAAACGCUCAGUAUUAAACAAUCCCAGUAAGCACGCCAUAAUAGAAAGGUCGAACACAAGGUCGAGCUUAGCGGAAGUUCAGAGUGAAAUUGAAAGGAUCUUUGAACUUGCAAGAACACUGCAAUUGGUAGUCCUAGAUGCAGAUACUAUUAAUCACCCAGCCCAACUGAGUAAAACCUCUCUGGCCCCUAUAAUAGUCUAUGUGAAGAUUUCUUCUCCUAAGGUUUUACAAAGGUUAAUAAAAUCUCGAGGGAAAUCUCAAGCUAAACACCUCAAUGUCCAGAUGGUAGCAGCUGAUAAACUGGCCCAGUGUCCUCCAGAGCUGUUCGAUGUGAUCUUGGAUGAGAACCAGCUGGAGGACGCUUGUGAGCACCUGGCCGACUAUCUGGAGGCCUACUGGAAGGCCACCCACCCCCCCAGCAGCAACCUCCCUAACCCUCUCCUCAGCCGCACGCUAGCCACUUCCACUCUGCCCAGCAGCCCGACCCUGGCCUCUAACUCACAGGGUUCUCAAGGUGAUCCGAGGACUGAUCGCUCCGCUCCUGUCCGCUCAGCUUCCCGACCUGAAGAAGAACCUUGCCUGGAACCUGUCAGAAAAUCCCAGCACCGUUCCUCCUCCUCACACCACAACCAUCGCAGUGGCGUGAGCCGAGGCCUCUCCAGGCAAGAGACGUUUGACUCUGAAACUCAGGAGAGUCGAGACUCUGCCUACGUGGAGUCGAAGGAAGACGAUUCCCACGAGCCCGUGGACCACCACGCCCCACAGCGUGACCACAACCACAGGGACGAGGCCCACGGAGGCAGCGAGCACAGACACAGGGAGGCUCGGCACCGCGCCAGGGACACCGGUCGAGAGCAGGACCACAACGAGUGCACCAAGCAGCGGAGCCGUCACAAAUCCAAGGACCGCUACUGUGACAAGGAUGGGGAGGUCAUAGCCAAGAAACGGAAUGAGGCUGGGGAGUGGAAUAGGGAAGUUUACAUCCGCCAGUGACUGCCUUUUUGUGGGUUUUUUUUCCCCUCCCAGUCUUGUAGAACAGUGCCCUCCAACAGCCUUGGGGUCUACAUUGCAAACAUGCCGUCUUGUGUAUUCUGUAGUGCUGUCCUUCAA